AUGGUCAAGAACGUUGAGCCUCUCAUCGUUGGCAUUAUCUUCCCUGCCAAGAAGAUUGCACGGCUUCAAGAAGUGCUGGAUUCAGACACAGAUGGUGUACGAUUCGUGUUAAUCGACUUGGAAGCUUUUACUCCCUCUGGGGAAUCUGUGAGCUCCACCGACUUGGAAGAUGCGGCCCAGCGCUUUGCCGCUCACUAUGGACCUCUGGACGCGUUGCUGCACAAGCUAGCGCAUGAUAUGGUGUUUGAAGAACUAGGAGAUCACGAUGCUGCUAAUCGUGUGAAGCUGGUACAAGUCUAUUUGCGCCAGAAUCCGUUAGCGCGUGUGGUGGACCCUAUAGACAGUGUACGGCUGCUUACGAGCCGCCAUGAGGCUUGUCAGAUGCUGCAGACGAUGGAGAAUCACGCUGAGCAGACGCAAAAGUUUAAGGUGCCCAUUUUUCAUAUGGUAGACAGCCCUGAGAAGUUCCAGAAGCUGCUGAACGAGCUGGACACUGGACGUACAAAAUUGCCGCUUAUCUGCAAGUCAGUCGAGGCCUGUGCAACGGAACGGUCGCACAUGAUGAGUGUCAUUACCAAGCGCGAGGACUUGCUCUAUCUCGAGUAUCCUGUGCUAUACCAGGAAUUCGUCAAUCAUUCCAACCGCCUCUUUAAGGGAUACGUGCUGGGUGAUCUGAUCAACGUGGCGGAGCGAAGCUCAUUACCAAACCUCGUAGCGGGAAAUGCCCAGCAAGUGCAUUUCAACACCCAAGAGAACUAUCCCACAAGUAAGGAUUUCCAUUCUCAUGCCAGUGACAGCGUUGCGCAGCAUGAGACUGUCGGUAAAUGGACGCAAGAGCAGACUUUUGCGGCCGUGCGCACGAUCGGUGAGAGACUGCGCGAAGAGCUGAAGCUGACGCUGUUUGGAUUUGAUGUCAUCGUGGCGGAUGAUGACUCGCAAGAUCUGUAUGUGAUUGAUGUCAACUAUUUUCCGUCUUACAGAGAGAUUGACGAUUUGAGCACCAUCCUCAGAAAGCAUAUGAAGCAAGUGUGCGGCCGUCAGUAG